CCGAGGACCGAAUCGUGGAGGACAGCAUUGCGAAUUGCUGGCAAUCCAAGCCCGACAAUUUCCAGCACUCCGCCGAGCGGUGUCGUUAACGGCCUUGUCUCCUCUACGUUCCCCUGUACUAGCAGACGAAAGAAUUCUCGGUGAAGAAAAUGUCAGCGAGGCCAGCUACACCGGCUUCGCCGAAGAACUACAAAGUCAAGUCGCCUCAACCAGGGCAGCCCAUGUACGGGUGUGAACACCUCCAGAGACUCUUCAACCAGGACCAAGCGACCACGAACACCUCCAUUCAACACUACAAGGCGAUCCUGCGGAGCAUCUUCGAUACAAACCCCCUGGUCCCGCAGACCUCCAAGGCCGCCGACGGCAUUGUCAUUACUUCGCUCACUCCCACAUACCUUUGCCUCCAAUGCCCCUCGACCCUCACCGAGGACGAUAGGACCAAGCAUGGCAGCAAGAAGUCGCACAGAUUCUAUGUUGACUCAAAGAGCGGUGCUCUGUACUGCCAAAUGUGUGAUGACAUCGUUUGGGAUCCUACCUUUGAGGAGCUGAGGUUGAAGAAGAUCGGAACAGGGACCUUUUCGAGUCGAAAACGCAAGCACGAGGAGCUUUUUGAGACGUCGGAUCCCGUUCGGGACAACCCGACGUACAUCACGUCGAAUACAACCAUAGCGUCGUGCAAAUCCAGCGGCCUCCGGGGCAUCUACAAUGCCGGCGCCACCUGCUACCAGAACGUUGUCCUCCAGAGCUUCCUUCACAACCCCAUUCUCCGCAACUACUACCUCAGCGACGGCCACUCCAGCAGCACCUGCAACGUGCCAUAUUGCCUGAGCUGUGCCAUGGACGAUAUGUUUCAGGACUUCUACGCGUUGGAAACCACCAACGGAUAUACGGCAGCCAACAUCCUCUCCGGGUUCUGGUUUAGCGACAGGAGGGCGUUCGACAACCUGGUGACGACCAAGGAGCAGGAUGCCCACGAGUUCUUCCAGUUCCUCGCCGAGGAACUGCACGAGCGCAACGGUGACGGCAAGAAGCCCGAGACUGGGAGCGAGCACAGUUGCAACUGCAUCAUCCACCAAACAUUCUACGGCAAGCUGCAGAGCACCACGACCUGCCAAAACUGUAGCGGCGUGACCCACCAAGUACAGAGCUUCUUGGAUCUCAACCUCCCGCUGGAGAACCUGUCCCAUAAAAAGGGCAAGAAGACCACAUCAAGAGGGCAGCUGACGUUGCAGGAGUGUCUUGAGGAGGAGUACGUCAAGUCGGACAAGUGCGAGUACCGCUGCAAUAACUGCAGCUCGAUGCAGCAGGCGCGCCGGCAAACGACCAUCAAGCGGCUACCGAAUGUGCUGUCGAUUCAGCUUAAACGAUUCGAGUAUAAGCAAGGCCGCAAUGAACGUGCCGCCAAGAUUGACACGCCCGUUCAGUUUCCGCUCGAGCUCAACAUGCUUCCCUACACCAACCGCGGCCGCACCAUCAGCAGCAACGGCCACGACGGUGGCAAGGAGAACUACGAGCUGGCGCGCUCCUGUACCUACGAUCUGCUCAGCGUGGUCGUGCACGUGGGCGAGAUCGACACGGGCCACUACGUGUCGUACUGCCGGGUUGGCGACCAGUGGUUUGCCUUCAACGACCACCGGGUAGAACUUGCGCAGAAGUCGGACGUGCUCAAUUCCAAAGCCUACUUACUUUUUUAUAUCGUCAGGUCGUUGUCCUGAGCUCAGUGUAGGCGCAGGGCAGCGACGCCCUUGAGAAUUGCAGCUGCAAGCAUUUGACUUUUCUUCCCCCUUCCUCUCCUUGCCAUUUUUCUCUUCUCUUCCAUGGUUGUUUGUAAGCGAUAGAUCCUGAGUGGUUUUGAGUGGUUUUGUUUAUGCUCAGCGAACAGGAUCAUGCCACAGAAUGUGGUGUUACAACUCAAGGAGCCGGGGUGAAGGCGUUGGCGGUGUAUAGUGCUAAGUUUGGGAAAACAUAGGGGGCAAAUGCUUGUCUG